AUGGAGGGAGGGAUGGCCGCUCACCGCCAGCCGCCGACGCCGGCCCCGACCCUUGGCCGGCCGUCGCCGUCCUUCCGGCUGCGCACCGAGAGCCUCAACACCUUGCGCCUCCGCCGCGUCUUCGACCUGUUCGACCACAACGGCGACGGGGAGAUCACCGUGGAGGAGAUUGCGCUUGCCCUUGACCGCCUCGGCCUCGCCGCCGACCCCGCGGAGCUCAGUUCCACCGUCGCCGCCUACAUCCCUCCCGGCCGCGCCGGCCUCGCCUUCGACGACUUCGAGGCGCUCCACCGCGCCCUCGGCGACGCCCUCUUCGGCGCUCCCGACGCAACAGGCGAGGAGGAGGAAGCGGCCGAGGAGGAGGUGGAGGAGGACAUGAGGGAGGCCUUCCGGGUGUUCGACGAGGACGGCGACGGCUUCAUCUCGGCGGCGGAGCUGCAGGCGGUGCUCUCCAAGCUGGGGUUGCCGGAGGGCCGGAGCAUCGCGCGUGUCCGAGAGAUGAUCUGCUCCGUCGACCAGAACUCCGACGGCCAGGUCGACUUCGGCGAGUUCAAGCACAUGAUGCAGGGCAUCACCGUCUGGAGCGCCUGAUCAACGGCACAUGAUGCAGAUCCUUUUUCUGGUUGCUUUCCCUUUCCCUUUCAAUUUUUUUCUCUUCGCCCCUCACCGCUUUUAAAUGCUGCUGAUGUUGCUCGCAUCACAUCAUGGACGCGUGGAGGUCUAAUUGCCGUAGAUUUCUAGAGCCAAGUGGGGACGCACCUUUUUCUUA